GGCAAUGGGAGGUGUAUGUCAUGAACUUGUCGAUCGCACACCUCUUGGCCAGAGCUCACUAGCACUCUUCCUUCCAAGCGGAACGCCAGCCUUCCAGUAUUGAUACAAUGGACUUGCACAGUGAUAUAUUGUACACUUUCAAAUCGGAGAGGCAGCCUUCGGAGUCAGGGUUUCAAAUCAAGCAUGUGCACAGACAGACGCAACUUGCUAUCGCCGCAAAAGUCCCCCCGGAGGUCAUCGUUAUGAUCCUUGGAAAGAUACCUCGACCCCGUCUGCCACAAUUAGACCUGUUCUCUCCUACUACUCCCGCCUCUUCUCCAUUCCGGUCACACGUCCCGGACGUUGCUCUCGUCUCGGCCCCUCUUGUUUGCAUGUCCUGGCACGGUCCAGCCACAGAAGUUCUGUAUGAACAUAUCAAUCUACAGACAACGAAGGAGUGUGAAAUUCUGCAUCGCACCCUUCAGUCCAAUCCCUCGUUUGGUUCAUGGGUCAAAGUCCUGCACUUGCCGCGUGGACAAGCACCACACCUUCCCGUAUCGCGGCCGGCCGCGUCAACCACUGCCCCUGCUCGAUUACUGCAGCUGUCCGCUGAUAUUUUCAGAGCUUGCAACUUGAUCCAUGAAAUCGAUAUCAUGGCUGAGUUUGGCCUUUUCUCAGAACCAUCUGAGCACACGUACCUACGAUCCAUUCGCGUCACCAACGUUAACAAUUCAAUACUUGGCGGCCCGAGACCAGUCCGCUUUUUUGCUCUGCGAGAACUCACUCUCAACGGAUUUCACUUCGAUGGCUCGCAGACAAACUCGAGGGCGGACUCCAUGUGGCCCGAGUUUUCGCAGCUUACGAAGCUUCGGUUAGAACACUGCACCUUCGUCAACGAGGAUCUAACCCAGAUUCUACCACGGUCAAAUGCAAGGUUGAAAUGUCUUGAAUUGUUUGACACUCGUCACCCUUUCCGAUCCAAUAACUUUGAGCUUCCAGGUUUUCUAUCUGGUUGUCUCGAAGAGCUCUGGAUCGAGGACUGCUGGCCGUGGUCGUUCGAACCUUCCUUGCGAUUGUAUCAAUCGUUACGAACUGUUCAUGUCGAUUGGGAUGUUUUCAGCAAGGCGGCACCUUUCCUUCCUAUUGGCGUGCGGGUCAUAUCUGUCAAUGUACCCGUCUCUGUGGCAAGUAGCGCUCCAGACUAUGAAAACUUUGAGGCGUCUUUGCGGUCGAUAUCAAUGGGACUUCCUUCACUUGAGAGGGUCAUAGUUUCGGGAGAUAGCAAGUACCCAUUGCUACAGGACGUGUUGGGUUUGAAGAAGAGUUUAAACCUUCAAGCUGUGAGACUGAGGGUAAAUUAUAUUCGGCACGGCUGAGGUGAGUGGAUUUGGCAUCGUCUGACGCCACUGUGGCUUUUGUUACCCAAGUUGAUGGAGUGUUUGGUUCGAUUUGACAUGCAGCAUCUGGGUCUCGUGGCACGG